AUGAUCACUCAAUCCUACAUUGUAAACAGCUUUACAAAGCACCUCGAACCCCCAGACUAUAAGCAUUGGCUUGAAAAUACCACUAUUCGACUCAUUGAAGGCUUUGCGCGCUGGUACCUUAGCGAGCAUGAGAUCAAUCACCAAUCCGGACUUCAAACAUUUAUUCGAUUUUUUAGGAUGUAUUGGCGCGAGGAGAUGGGGCGGGAGCUUCCCCAAGAAAUCGGGCGAGGCCUGACUAAUUUGGUGAAUGUCAAGUUGACUCAGGAGUUCAACCUGGAUCUCACCGGAAAAACCCAACCAUCUGUCAAUAUUGAUGAUCUGUUGUUCACAACAUAUCACUUACUGACCGCAUGCGACAUUGCCUUUCCUACAAUUCGAACUCUUUUCCAGUUGAAUACCGUAAGAAAGAUGAUGACAUCUACCUCGGCUCGACCAGGUACUCUGGUCGAAUCUUCCGGUUACGCAAAAGGCAACGAUGCUCUGAAGUGGAAGGACAUCGAGCUGUUUAUGGUGAAACACCCCGAAGAUCUGAAGUGUCAGGUCCUCCUUAUGAGAGUCACACAUCGACUUAAUAAGGGAAAAAGGAACCGAGGAGUGUCACCUGUGUUUACAUACACAGAGAGAAACGACAAUCUGGGCCUUUGUGUCAUUCAAGACAUACUUAUGUAUGCAUUCCUUGAUGAUGCUUUUGAUAGCCCUUAUAUUCAAUCGCCUCGCGAUAUCUGGAGAGUCACAGAUGUACCAGACCAUCGCUUCAGUACGCCUAUCCAUUUUAAAAAGGAUGUUCAAGAAAUUCCUGUGUUCAGACGCGCUAUGAAAGAUGAAAGUGGAAUUUGGGUCACUGAUCCAGUGGGCGCCUACAGAUAUACUCAGGCACAGGAAUACGAGAAAGCUGCAAGCGCCUGUGCAGGUUUCAAGGAAAAAGGCUCACUUUACAAAUACCGCAAAGGAGCGGCUGCAAAUCUUAGGCAUUUUGACGAAUAUUCUCGGAAUAUCAUCAUGGGCCAUAAAAAAGGGGGUACAUUUGCCCACUAUGUUUCCGUGAGAGACGACACCCAGUCUGUAUUCAUGCAGACUCCCGCCAGAAACGCUUUAAUUAGUCUUGCAAGCAACGCAAGCCUAACCCGAGAUGCUUCGGCACCACAGGAGCUUACCGCGGCGCGCAAAGAGGCCAUUGAGACCAAUCCCGAGCUCCAAAUGCUUAUUCGGGGAUGCGCAUCGACUCGUGAAGCUUUAAUUUCAAAGUUCAACUCAAUCAAAAAAGCCGCAGAAGCUCAAGACAUCGAUUACAAGCAUCUCAAAAAAUUGCAGGAGCUUGCCGAUCUUGAGUUCAAGAACAGAGAUGCCGACACCAUUGACGAUAAAGAGUUCCUCGAAGAUCGAAUUCGGUCCCUUGAGCUACGCCUGGAGCUUCACAAGCUUCAUGUACCUCAACCUAUGAAACGACUUAUCAAGUUUGGCAAGGCCGGCGCGAAAGCCAAAAAGAAUGUCAAUCAGGAUUAUCCCAUGGAAAGCAAAACAGGCCUUGAGUGUCCUGUGUGUUUAGGACGCGAGGAUCUGCACCCCCAAGCGAAGCAGUAUCGGUUCUCCAGGAAAGACACGCUCCGGCGGCAUUUUGACAACACCCACAAGCUCCAGACUUUCUUUAAGAGCCCCGGUCGUCCAUGCGACUGGCCUGGGUACUCUUUUGCCUGUGUAUCACUUCCUGGAUAUAUGAACCAUUUGGCGAAAUCUCACAAGGUAUUACUUUGAUAGAUUUGAAUCGCAUAAACUCGCCAGGCAGUCUGUUUCUCUCUCCCAGCCGGCAUUUUUUGGACUCUUAACUCACUCAUUGCCUGAACAAUCAGAAAUGUUGAAACAUCUAUAUUAUAAAGAGUGAAGCUUGGUGCAUAUGUAAUCGAAUUCAACACCCAUUAUUCCGACAGGUGACUGGGGAAAAGCCCUUCUCGGAGUGAACGAAGAGAACAAAUACAGAUGGAC